AUGUCUCCGAACGUUCUACGGUGGCUUAGCCUCGUCGCUCUUCUCUGGCUUCAAUCUCUCAACGGCACCAACUUGAGUUUCCCUGCCUACUCCUCGCAGCUCAAAGAGUUUCUCUCAAUCUCUCAAUUUAAACUCAACUACCUCUCUUUCGCCUCCGACGCCGGAAAAGUCCUCGGCUUCAUCGCCGGAAUCGCCGCCGUCCACCUUCCCCUCCCUCUCGUCCUUCUCGCCGGAGGUUCUUUAGGUUUCGCCGGCUACGGUCUUCAGUACCUCUGCAUCGUCAAGAAGAUGUUCACUCUAUCGUUCCCUCAAAUCUGGAUCUUAAGCUUCGUUGCCGGAAACAGCAUCUGCUGGAUCAACACCGCUUGCUACAUCGUCGCGAUCGACAGUUUUCCGGUGAACCGUCAGGUCGCCGUGGGGAUCACGGCAGGUUAUCAAGGUUUGAGCGGGAAAAUCUACACCGACAUGGUCCACGCCUUCUUCUACUCGUCUCAACGUGAAGCAGCCUCCGGUUAUCUUUUGCUCAACUCUCUCGUCCCUCUGGUCGCUUGUCUCGUGACGGCCCCUAUGUUGAUGAGAGACGCGAAAACGUCGUCGUGUUCGUCUCGUGACGUUAGAUUCGGUUUCAUCGUUUUGUUCAUCAUCACUAUAGCCACAGGGGUUUACGCGGUGGCUACGAGUCUUGUCCCUGCUCCUGCGGUUUUAGUACUCGUUGGUAUCGUGUUGCUUCUUCUUGCUCCUAUCGUUAUUCCCGUUGGAGUCAGAGUCAAAGAGUUUAUGAUCGCUAGAAGAACACAACACAAGGUACACGACUUGGAAGCUCCUAUGGAAGAAGACCAAACAAAAGAAGAAGAGUUUGAUGAGAAAGCGAUAGUUGGAGUUAAAGAAGAGGUCGAGUGGACAAAACUAUGGAGGAAACUUGAUUUUUGGAUAUAUUUCGGACUCUAUUUGUUCGGUCCGACGGUUGGGAUGGUGUUUAUGAACAAUCUUGGUCAGAUCGCGGAGUCUCGUGGCUGCGUCGCGACCUCUUCCUUGGUCGCUCUCUCGUCAUCGUUCGGUUUUUUCGGCCGCUUGCUACCUUCGUUACUUGACUACUUCUUUUCUAGGAACAAGUACAUGCCAUCAAGUCCGGUUUCUAUGGCCGUCUCACUAGUGGCUAUGGUAGCUUCGUUUCUACUCCUCCUCAUCGACUCAGACGUCUCUCUAUACGUCAGCACGGCGAUGAUCGGAGUCUUCUCCGGAGCCUUGACUUCUCUUUCCGUCACAAUGACCGCAGAGCUUUUUGGUACAAAGAACUUUGGAGUUAACCACAACAUUGUUAUCGUAAGCAUUCCCAUUGGAUCUUUUUCUUUUGGGUCAUUAGCCGCUAAAGGUUACCGCGACGGAGCAACCUUCUCCGAAGGUCUAGACGGCAAGUGUUUUGGGAUGUAUUGCUUUCAAACCACUUUGAUUUCUUGGGGAAUGUUCUGUUCUAUCGCCGCCGUUCUUGCCACCGUUUUAUAUCUACGGAACCGCAAGUUCUACUGGCACAAGCCGUAG